UUCAUUGUGUAACGUCGUCGUUUUUCGUGCAGCGCGUUUAAGGCGUCGCGGAUUGUCCCGGACCUGUUUUCCAUUCAGUCAUUUAAUAGUUGAAUGCAGUGUUUUAUUUCUUGGACGAAAACGGCGGUAUCAUUCAUUAUUUGGUGUUGAUGAAUCAAAGUUUUUCAUCCUCCUGAUUACAGCUGCCGCUGUUUGGUGGUUGUCUCGAAAACGCUUAUUGAACCAAGAGUACUUGUCUCAUUCCACGCUAUGUGCAGAGAGUGCAGCUUACCUACUCAAAUCCUCCUGAUGGUGUAGUGAAUGACUUUCAACCAAAACAAUUUCUUGGGCAGUGGGUAGUGCGGAGUGAAGAAGUGAGUCCGAGAAAAGGGCACUAUAAGGGCAAAUUUGCAUAUCUACUCAGUGGAAGAAGCACAAAACGCAACAUAUCGCAUCAAUUGGAGGCCAGCCAUGUAGCCGCUUCUGAUAACCCGGCCUAAUCAAUCCCCAACCGAGUAGGUUGGGUAGGAAGAAAAAGUGUGAGUGACAUCGGCGGAUAAAAUCCAGAAAGUACCGUUUUCAUCGCUGCUGAUCCUCCUCAGGCUUCUCAAAUUCCGUCGAUUCGGUUCUGUUGCUCUUGUUGAGGAUGCUGGAGUAGUACACCGGGCUUUCGUUGAUUGAUGUCGGUGCUUGUGUCAAUUAGUGUGUAUGCUACUAGCAGAAUUACUAGACCCAAACAACGCCCAGCCCAGCAACUUGUUGAUCCUCAGUGAAAUUAAAAAAAAAGAAAAUACAAAAAAAUCUAUACUAUUCGUGAAAGAUUAAAGUGAAGAUCAUGCAUUUCUCCAUACCGGAUACGCAGGAAUUUGGCCCUGACAAUGCGGGAUCGUCGUUCACGGGCUUCAACAUUCACAUCAAUGGUAGCUUCCACUGCUGUUUACGAUAUAAGCAACUCCAUAGUCUCCAUGAACAGCUUAAACGAUCUCUGCCGACGUUGGUGCUUCCUAGUUUUCCACCAAAGAAACUCCUUCCUCUGACACCUGGCCAGGUCGAGCAACGAAGGAUAAGUCUGGAAAGGUACAUUCAACUAGUGGGCCAGGAUCCGGUACUCUGCCGGUCAGAGUUACUGCGAGCUUUCCUCCUCAACGCUCAACAGGAAUCGUCCUUCACCGGCUGUCAGGAGGUAUCGCUAGAUGUGUACCUCAUGAAUGGCUACCGAAUAGCGACGAAAGUUUUCACCACCGACUGUGCCAGUAAAGUUCUGGAGAAGGCAUGCUCGCUGAUCGAUCUGCCCCGGGAUUACACCUACUAUUUCUCUCUAUACCUAAUCCGUAAGGACAGCAAUGGUGAUAUUUCAAUCACCAAAAAACUCAUGGACUUUGAGGCCCCCUACAUAUCGGUGAAACAAUGGGAAGACUGUAAGAUCGUCAUCCGAACCAGCUACUGGGAUACGAACUAUGACAUCGAACUGAUGAGGGAUCGAAUUGCGCUCAAUCUGCUCUACAUUCAGGCGCUAAGCGAUGUGGAACGAAACUGGAUCAUCACCACCAAAGACCUGCAGGAACAGCUGACAGAUUUGCAGGCACGCGGCAACAAACGAGACUAUCUGGAACUGGUUCGCAAGUUACCCCUCUACGGUUGUCUGCAGUUCCCACGGGUUUGCGUAGACUACCCUCAGCCCAACACUAUGGCGACCGUCAUAAUCGGCAACCGUGAACUGAACCUUCUCACGCAUUACGGCAAAAAGAUUCAGGAAACAAAGUUCAAAGUCACGCGGAUACGCUGUUGGAGGGUUACCACCAUUCACAACAACGAAGAGGUAUCAUCAAACUCCUCUACCGACAGUCGGGGGCUAGGUGGAGGCACCUCCACCGGCGAUUCAUCGUAUAACAAUCUGGAGCUCUCGUUCGAAUACCUGAUGGCAAAAAAUCAGCUCAAAUGGAUAACGCUGUACAGUGAGCAGUCGAUGUUGAUGUCCGUGUGCCUUCAGUCGAUUGUGGACGAGCUGCUCAACCAGAAGAAUGGCUCUGACAUCAAUAAUAUUCAGACUCAUCAAACUGAAUUUGCUUCGUUGUCCUACAUAAGGAGGGAUGGAUCCAACUAUUGCAUUACAGACUCUAGCUCAACGGAUACGCUCAGUAGCAUUAGCGACGGAAACAACGGAGGCAUAUCGAAUAACACAAGCAGUAGCAGCAGCAGCAGCAACAGCAGCAGCAACAGCAGCAGCAAUAGCAGCAGUGCAAAUAGCAUCAACCAUCAUCAUCCGUCAUCCGGCGCCCCAACUGGAACAGGAACAACAGCAAACACCACCUCGUUCCUGAGGCGCAAACUGAAGGAAUUCAACACAACGGUGCGAUUCAAAAGCGGCAAGGAUUCCGUGCACAACGAAGCCUUCGAGUGGAUAGGCGAUGACGAUUUGUAAAGAUUGUACCUAGUUCUACUAUGUAUAAGGUUCUCACCAAACCUUUGUGAGAAAAAGGAGGAAAAUGUCAUCAAAAUUAACAGUGUCUAGUUUGGAAUUCGUACUAAUGUGAUUUGUACAAAAAAAUGCUAAGAAGGCAGAAGAGGUCUCCAAUUAAGUCAAGAAGUUUCUGAGUCCAUUCAACAUCGAAUGAGCCAAAACGACAAAGAAAAUAAAAAUAUUUGUUAGGAUUUGAUCUUUUAUCGCGAAUUUUUCUUCGUUUUCUGAAUUUUGAAUACCGCUUAUAAAAUUGAUACCUAUAUUUUCUUUCAAUCUUAGAACAAAAGUGACGAUCAGUCACAGGCAACAUUCGAUAUGAAUUUUUCAAAAAAAAAAAAAAAAAAAAAAAAGAAAAACCAGUCGCAAAACAGAAAAUGUUUCCCUCAUCUUAAUUGUGGAGCUUUUAUAUGAAUAUACUACAGACGAACUUCAUCAUAGUUUCAUAAACGAAUACAAAGUCUUCCACUGACUGCAUAGCAUAUAAAAGUAGUUGCUUAUAACAUCCACACAAUACGGCGCUUCGUGAAUGAAAAGAAUGGUUUUUACCUUAUACUCAAUCUCGUUUACAUAAGUAUCUGAUAGUUUAUUUUUAAUUUUGUGCCAACAACAAUAGUAAAAAGUGCUGUAAAAUCAAAUAAAACACAUCUUCAAAAAUCAGUUGAGUACCUAGAAGCUCAACUCAAAGCAAAUUUUCGAUGACGAUGAAGAACCAAUCCCGUCACGCCAAAGUUGGCCGAUGCUCAAAGCAUAUUAGGCCUAAUUUAUUAACACCAUGGGUUUAACACCAUAGAUUUGUGCAUAAGCGCAUCAAUAAAGAGCUAAUUCCAUCCGACAAAUAAAAAUGAAAACCUUUGAAAAAAAAAUAUAAGCAAACUAGCCAAAGAAAACUAAAAUGGCUGGUGGGGUAUCACCCAGUGUUCCGAAUAUCACUCAAUUCUCAUGAGAGACACUGAAACGUUUUCAACAGCGAAAGCAAAACCUAAAUUGUCGGUUGGUUUAUCUCCCAGUGGGGCAAAGAUUGUGUUUGACAGCGCUGCUCCGAGAAGCAAAGAAAUAAAAUUUGAAAGAGAGACGUUUCUUCUCCAGUUGGAAUUCUCAACUGAGUGAGGAGCUAACUGAUUUUCAGUUUCUUUUUUCAGUCAAUAACUUUUCUUGCUCAAUCACUCACUCACUCACUCGUUUACUGAUCGAUGAUCGAAUGCUGUCUGCCUGAUACAUCUUGCUUUGUUGUUGGGGAGGAUUAAAAUAGUCAUUCAAACACGCAGGCAGUACGUAUGAACAUAUGUUUCUGCCGCUUUGCCAGAAAGUACGCAGGCAGUAUGAACCGAUGCAAGGCCGCAUUGAUUGAGUUUGAGUGAGUGAGUGAGUGGAUUUUCGAAUUGGAUCUUGUAUCAGUCAGUGUCUCAAUCACUUCUGAUACACCAGGUAGUGAGCUUGAGAGAUCGACUUAGAUGCGAGUCCGCUCUCGCUUUUGAAUCUUGUUUACAUUGACUUCGCAUUGUCGCUCUGCCGAUUCUCUAGGGAACAACAGGCAGCAGCAAUCGGCUUUGAAUGUUUCCAACUAGAAACCUAUCAUGAGCGUUUCUUGCGAGUGAUUUUUGGAAGACUGGUAUCACCCGAAUUGUUUUGCGAGAUAGGAGCAAUAGCUCAGUAGGCAAAAAAAUACAAUAACACAACACUAUGAAAAACUGUAAGAAGAAGUAACUAUGAAGGCUAAUAAAAGUACAUUUCUAAUAAA